AUUGAAUUUCAAAUACAUUUCAAUUGAAUUUCAAAUAAUAUUCUCAAACCCCCGUGCCACUCCGUGUCUAUACACACACUCAUAUAUAAACAGCUAUCUAACCUCUCCACUCUCAUAUCCGCUUCAUCGUUACAACUCAGAGAGAGAGAGAGAGAGAGAGAGAGAGAGAGGUGAGGGAGGGAGAGAAUCGAGAGAGAUCAAACACUAUCUAACUCUUUUUCUGUAACGUAAAAUGGCCGAUGCUGAGGAUAUCCAGCCCCUUGUCUGUGACAAUGGAACUGGAAUGGUGAAGGCUGGUUUUGCGGGUGAUGAUGCUCCGAGAGCAGUGUUCCCCAGUAUUGUUGGGAGACCGAGACAUACUGGUGUGAUGGUUGGGAUGGGACAGAAGGAUGCUUAUGUUGGUGAUGAGGCCCAGUCCAAGAGAGGUAUACUUACCUUGAAAUAUCCGAUUGAGCAUGGUAUUGUAAGUAAUUGGGAUGAUAUGGAGAAAAUAUGGCAUCAUACUUUUUACAAUGAGCUGCGAGUUGCUCCUGAGGAACACCCUGUUCUUCUAACUGAGGCACCACUUAACCCUAAGGCCAAUAGGGAGAAGAUGACUCAAAUCAUGUUUGAGACUUUUAAUGUUCCUGCUAUGUAUGUUGCCAUCCAGGCCGUUCUUUCUCUCUAUGCAAGCGGUCGUACUACUGGUAUUGUACUGGAUUCUGGUGAUGGUGUGAGCCAUACGGUACCAAUCUAUGAAGGGUAUGCCCUUCCUCAUGCCAUUCUUCGUCUUGACCUUGCUGGUCGUGAUCUCACUGAUUCUCUCAUGAAGAUUUUAACUGAGAGAGGUUACAUGUUCACCACCACUGCUGAGCGGGAAAUUGUGCGUGACAUGAAGGAGAAGCUUGCCUAUGUUGCUCUCGACUACGAGCAAGAGCUUGAAACUUCUAAAAGUAGCUCUUCUGUGGAAAAAAAUUAUGAAUUGCCUGAUGGACAAGUUAUUACAAUUGGAGCUGAGAGAUUCCGUUGCCCAGAGGUUCUGUUCCAGCCUUCUUUGAUCGGGAUGGAAGCUGCUGGAAUCCACGAAACUACUUACAACUCCAUCAUGAAGUGUGAUGUUGAUAUCAGGAAGGAUCUGUAUGGAAACAUAGUGCUCAGUGGUGGUUCAACAAUGUUCCCUGGUAUUGCAGAUCGUAUGAGCAAGGAAAUCACUGCUCUCGCUCCCAGCAGCAUGAAGAUCAAGGUUGUUGCACCACCUGAGAGAAAAUACAGUGUCUGGAUUGGAGGAUCCAUUCUUGCAUCCCUCAGCACCUUCCAACAGAUGUGGAUCUCCAAGGGUGAAUAUGAUGAGUCUGGUCCAUCAAUUGUGCACAGGAAGUGCUUCUAAGUUGUGUUGGAUAUCCAUCGAAGCUUGUUUUCUAUUCUAAUUUAUUUGGCUUUUCAUGUACUGUGAACUGGAUUACCUGUGGGGGGUUGAUAAUUGGGAGGAUAAAUGAUUUUGAUGUAUUUACUCUUUCUCUACUAUGGUUCGUAAUCAAUCUGCCUGGGAAGUAUGUUAAAGAUCAUCGUGAUUAUUAGUAGGAUGCCUAGAGUUGAGUUGUGAUUUGCUAUGUUUCUUGUCUAUCAUAUCAUUAAAUACUUUAAUUUUAUUUCGCUUCUUUUC